GCGAAGGGAUGUGAGUGACCUCUCAUGACUUGCGGCUACUCGAUUUCAAUCUCCAUUGCCUUCCGCGUCAAAUGUCAAACUCAGCGCAAGACGACGCUGAUCUUCCCUUGGAGUCUUUCAAGUCAAAACAAAAGAUUGCCUACGCUAACGGAGAUGUGUAUGAAGGCUCCGUAGAAAGAGGCCUCCGCAGUGGUCGAGGAGUUCUGGUGUGUGAAGAUGGGAGGAAGUAUCGAGGUCAGUUCUAUCAGGACCUGCCGCAUGGGCAAGGGGAAGAGAGAACGAGCGACAACGCCGUCUACAGGGGUGAAUUUCGAAAUGGCCACAGAGAUGGAACAGGGACAGAGAUGAACGAGCAGGGACACGAAUACAGCGGUGAAUGGAAAGAUGGGAUGAGGCAUGGUUCAGGAGAUUAUUUCCAGGACGGCUUGUACUAUCAAGGAGAGUGGAAGGAGGGGAACAGGCAUGGUUACGGUGUUUGUAUGUUCCAGAACGGGGAUCUCUAUGAAGGAGAGUUUGUAGCGGAUUUGAUGGAAGGCAGCGGGUGUAUGGUGAUGGCGAAUGGCAGCAGAUAUGACGGUGUCUGGAAGGCGGGAAAGAUGUCAGGCAAAGGCAAGAUGAUUUAUUCCAACGGAGAUGUUUAUGAAGGGCUCUGGAGUGAUGGCAAGCGAGAAGGGCAAGGAAGUUAUUUCUCAGCGGCUACUGAAUCUGAGUACGUGGGUGAAUUCAAGAAGGGCAAACGACAUGGCUAUGGGAAGCAGCAGUACGUUGUAGCAGCAUGGAGUAACGUCAAGACCUCGCACAUACCUUACAAA